UCCUAAACAAUAAUGGCGUCUUAUACAGUACUUUGAUUUGAAGGACGUUUGUGCGACUAAAAUUGAAUGACUUAGUCACUGUUUUGGAAAAAUGAAUCGUCAGAUUCUCUACCCUUUGAACCGAUUUUUUACCAAAAAUUGGGUGUUCAACUGUACCCGAUUGCCCACAAGACUGCUUCACAGCCAAUCAAGUUACAUAAAUACUCGUCAUGUUGGCAGCCAUCUUUCGUUAGGAAGAGUCAGUCUUGAUCAGAGAUAUGUCAAGUGCAAUUCACGAAGGUUUUUUGGUAGUUUGGUUAGGUCCUCGCAGGGCGAAUUUUCAACCAAGUACGUUCAUUCUCCCUCCAUUUAUCAAAUUUUUCUCCUCCUGAAAAAAGACAAUGUGAGGCAGGGUGUAACAAGAUUCUUUUCAACAAGCCUUAUGAGAAAACAUGGCCAAGGAGAUCAACAUCAACAAGGUGAUUCUCAAAAUCCUGAGGAGGAGCCUGGGAAAGAUGGAGGAUGGGUAACCAUCCUUCCUUGGGUUAUGCUUGCAGUAUUUUACCUCCUUGCUGCAGGAUCUGAUCCUACACCAGAAACAACAUGGACAACAUUUUACAGAGAAAUGCUUUCUACAGGCGAGGUUGAGCGCUUAGAAGUACCUUCAAGUCAAGACAAAGUUUAUGUCUUCCUGCACAGAGGUGCAGUAGUAGGAGGAAAGGAGGUACUGACUCAUGGGCCACAUUUUGUGUUCAGCAUUGCAAGUUUGGACAGCUUUGAAAAAAAGAUGGCUUCUGCUCAAGCCGAUCUACAUAUAGCAUCUCAUGACUUUGUUCCUGUAAGAUACAGGACAACAAAUGAACUGCUAUUCACAGCCCUGAGUGCUGCUCUAAGUAUUGCUGUUUUAGGGUUGGUAUGGUAUUGGCUUUUUGGAAGAGGAACAAAAGGAGGAAACAAAUCAGGAGGAAUAAUGGGAAUGAAUCCAUUUGCUAACUACAUCAAAGCCAAGCCAACAGUAGUCAUGCCAGGAGGUGGAAAGGGGAUAAGCUUCAAAGAUGUUGCAGGGAUGGAAGAGGCAAAAUGUGAAGUGAUGGAAUUUGUGGAUUAUCUGAAAUCCCCUGCAAGAUAUUCAGAGCUUGGAGCAAAAAUCCCUAAGGGAGCUCUCUUAGUUGGUCCUCCUGGUACAGGAAAGACUCUAUUGGCCAAAGCAGUUGCUACAGAGGCAGAUGUUCCCUUCCUUACCAUGGCUGGCUCAGAUUUUGUUGAAGUUUUUGGUGGUGUAGGCUCAGCAAGAGUUAGGGAUUUAUUUGGUCGAGCCAGGAAGCUUGCUCCUUGUAUUCUGUACAUUGAUGAAGUUGAUGCAAUUGGAAGAUCUCGCUCAUCAAAUUCUAUGGGAGGACACAGUGAACAGGAAAGCACUUUAAAUCAGCUUCUUGUUGAAAUGGAUGGUAUGAACACAAUGGAAGGUGUCGUGAUGCUGGCUUCUACAAACAGACACGACAUUUUAGAUCAGGCUCUCCUGAGGCCUGGACGAUUUGAUCGACUCAUCUCCAUCGACCUUCCAACUCUAAUCGAGCGACAGGCCAUAUUUGAAGUUCACCUCAAGAAACUUUCCCUGAAGACGCUAGUCAAGGCGUUCUCUAAAACUCUGGCAGAACUUACUCCUGGGAACAGUGGUGCGGACAUUGCUAACAUUUGCAACGAGGCUGCUCUGCAUGCAGCUCGCAUGAAUGAGAAAACGGUUGAUAAGCGAAACUUUGAAUAUGCUGUGGAAAGAGUCAUUGCUGGCAUGGAAAAGAAGACUCAAACUAUGUCUCCUGAAGAACGCCACAUAGUUGCUUUCCACGAAGCUGGACACGCUCUGGUCGGCUGGAUGUUGGAACAUACUGAUCCGUUACUCAAGCUUUCCAUUGUUCCACGGACCAACGCUACCCUGGGUUAUGCGCAGUAUCUUCCCUCGGACAACAAACUUUACAGCACUGAACAGUUGUUUGAUCGAAUGUGCAUGGCCUUGGGAGGAAGAGCUGCGGAAGCCAAGAUAUUCCAGCGAGUUACUACAGGAGCCGAAGAUGAUCUUCGCAAAGUAACUGACAUGGCGUAUAAACAGGUUGUGACGUUUGGAAUGAACCCUCGUGUUGGGAAUAUUUCAUUUCCCGUUAGAAAACCCAGCGAGCCGACCAAGAAGUUUUACAGUGAUAAACUUGCUAAGCUCAUGGAUGAGGAGGUACGCAUAUUAAUCAGAAAGGCAUUUCUGACUACAAAUACAAUAAUUGAAGAAAACUUGGACAAACUAAAUGCGCUUGCUCAUGAACUUCUGACCAAAGAAGUCCUCAGUUAUGAUGACGUGGCGGCGGUGCUGGGACCGUGUCCUUACGGUGAUAAAAGGGUCCGUUUUAACUCACAAGAUGGCGAAUCGAAGUCCCAGUCUCUCUUCACGACUUAACUACGAGUUCUUACACCACACUCUCCAAACCUUACUUCUUACUCGAGUUCGUUUCAGUUAAAAGAAAGUACACUGCAAUAAAACUCAAGCUGUCGAAGACAACGGCCAUUGAAUAUCAUGGAUAGAAUUCGGCUGUGGACUAGAUUGAUUGUCUUCACAUGUAUAGCUGUUGUAUAAAUAUUUGUAAAUAAAACAAGAGACCAAUUUAAGUAUA